UGGCGAGAAGUAUGCAUGUUCAGUACAAGAGCAAGGCAGGAAUGUAGAUCCGGGGGAGGGGGGCAUAACUCAUCAUUUGUGCAUGUCAGGGAGCUAUUGCCAGUUUCCUAUAAAUUUACUUUAGUAAUAGGUCAACCUUUUUUUACAAAAAGAAGUUAUUUGCUGCAUUGUCAGUGAACAAACUGUGAUAAAUUGCAAACCAAAAAAUGGAAGAGAGUUAAAUCCACAAACGCAGUUUAAUAUAAAGAGGGGUUUAAUUAAAAGCUUGAACAACAGCCGGCAUGCAAGAAAAACUUUAGCAGAACUGCGUAUUUAGGAACGAGUUUUAUAGAAAGUGCUGGCAUGAAACUGCAGACUUCCGUAUGCGUGCGGCAGUCAUGGCGGCGCGCACCGACAGCCAGGACAGCGUGUCCAGCAGGCUUCACUUUUUUCUCAACGUGCCAUUUCCAUCGGAGCGGGAAGCCAGCAUCGCUCUCGAGUCUCUCGCCCCCGAUGGCGAACCUCGGAAAGGGGGUAUAAGCAAGGAGAUUUAUACCACGGGUAACAUCCUCAACGUGAAGUGGAGCGCAGACGAGGCUCGGAUUCUCCGUGUCUCUGUCGGCUCCUUCCUAGAUCACUUGGCACUGGUUUUGGAAACGAUGUUGGAGUUUGGUCCGCCAGUUCCUCUAUGAUACUCUCCACCUGGAAACGAAAGACUGAGUUACCAAAGGGGAGUUUAAUGCCAUGAAGGGUUAUCAGGGAGUUAUCGCUCUCUGGUGAUGGGGAACGUUAUGCAGAUGGGUCACAACAGAUAUGAGAAGUGCGAUGCUUAAUCGCCAUUAUUACAUUCAUUUUCAUUUAUUUUAGGCAUGUCCGAUAUUUGAGGAUGCAUCUGUGUUUUUUGUAUGCAUUUAUAUUUUGGAUGAGGGCAUCAUGAAAGCCAUUAAUGGGUUGGGUGGCGGUGUUCUGUAUGAUGAAUUCAUACGUGUUUAUUAUUAUAAUUAUUAUUUUUUUAAAUAAAUACUAUUUGUAACAUCCAAAAUACCUGUCCCGGUUAUGUUAGCUUUGUGUAUAGUGUAUUAUUGUUAAUCAAAUUUUACCCCCCCAUUGGAUAGCUCUUUUUUUUUUUUUUACUGUUUUUGUAACGGUGAUAAUAAAGAUCUAUCUUAUCUUA